UGUGUCGAUGGCCCGAUCUUCCUGCAUUGUGAUUCUUUUGCAGAUCUUUUCACAGGUUUCCAUCACGCCAGCGCUCAAUAUUGGGUCCUCAGUCAACACAACCUAGAUGGUGUAAGAAAACCUGACCGGCCCUCACAUUGAAUCUGUAUGGAAGCACCAGUCAUGUUUUCUUACACCUCGAGGGGCAACUCAGUCUCGAGACAGACCCUUAAUUAUUCAUCCCCGACAACUGGGAGUCUCACUACUGUUUAGUUAACAACGCUGGCAUUUGGCUUGACCAGGGAACCGCCCAGAUUAGCUAACAACGAUAUGCCUCUAUCUGGAGCCUAGAAAUAGGCAGACACAUUAUUGAUAUCAUUCAAACUACGAUUAUGGCCAUCUCAUGUCAAUCAAUGCUGCUGUAUCCGAGAGAACUAUGAUUGUGGCUACAGGAUUUAGAGAGUGGCCAGAUUCCCAGACUGCUGGGUCUUCAAUCCCGAGUCAUGAGCUACAACCACAACAUGUGUCUUCCGCUGAUCGAGUGAGAGAAAUUCCCAGCAUUCCACAGCAUGCUACAAAUGCAGCCAGGAACGUGGCCCCAGGACUCAACACUAGAAACACUUUACGACGACUUUCUCAUCUAGUUACAGCCCGAGUUGAUUGGUCACAAUGAAAGUUUAAGCUGACACAAUAGCGCAAACACCCUGGACACAAAGCUGGCUAGGUGUCGAUUGCAACAUUAAGUAAAGAAUUCUUUACCUCUGUGGUCGGUUGCCCAAGUCUUGAAUAACACUACCUGCAUCCGCCUCCCUGCAUGGCGCAACACGGCAUGGCUUUACAAAUGGAACCAAGACACGGGACAGCUCCAACAGCCUUCCUGACAUAACCAAGUCAGCAGUGACGGAAACAAUGGGGCUAAAGAAAGAGGAACACAAAUCUGACGGACUCGUCAUUCUUGCAGCAAAUGUCUCGUCGUGACCGGCUUCGUGUUUAUAGUGGAUGCCCUGUCUUCCGUACAUACGGCGCGAAAACGAUCAACAUGGCGCCGAAGCCAGGACAGUAGUAGAAUGGAUAUCUCAACAGCUGGAUGGUUUUUUUGUCACUUCUUCACCAGCUAACGAUCUUCCAAACAGAGCUUAGGUCACAUAGUGGCCACGGUGCGCCAUGAUCACCUCCACACAGUCGAAUUUGGGGACGAUCUCCAGUACAACUGGGCAGCCAACCAAGGGUCAUGGACUGCUGUGAAGGACCAAAAAGCUUUGGAUAGACACAAGGGGACACCCCACAGGGACGGCCGCCAGACUUGUUCGCGCAAUAGCGCUUCAUUCCCACCGCGAUCUUGGUUGAGGCUAAACCAACCUUGGCUGGAAAAGCCCACUCCGGCUCAAGCUUUUCUCUUUCGCCUUGCUCAGAGCAUCAGCAGCGACAUCAGCAUCAGCACCAGUACCAGCAAAAGCACAGAUCCCCCUGCCCCAGCCUAAGUGGGAAGUGCCAUCUGCUCUCGGAACAGGGCGUGUUGAGCAAGCUGCGCUAGGUACUGAAUACCUGGCAAUAUUCACAUCUCCGGGCCAAGAGGUAAGUCACUACGACCCCCCGCCAAAGCCAAGCCACUCGAGUUCAGAGACAAAAGCAGGCUCAGGCUAUUCCGUUCCACCCACGCCUGUGCCCACUCCCGCUCACACGGCCUCCCAACUUUGUCUUGAGAUACAACUCAGGCCCUGUCCCCGUUUCCCGUUCCUCAUUCCCUCCAUUUUCAGCCCCUUGGUCUUGCAAUUGCGACGGCCCUCAUCUAUCGCAUCGUCGCCCUCGAUCUCCCUGCGAAGGCCCUUUUAUCCAAUCUGGAGCACUCUAGCCCGCAGAGCUUUCUAGCCCCUGGACCUGCUGGUUACGACUGAACAUCAACGCGCGUCCAGCUCUCGAGUUUGCAUCUAGCCCUUACGCCAUUCGUUAUCAUCUUACCUCGGCGCAUCGAAAACCAUUCAUCCACUGUUCAAAAGAACCAGAACCGUUCUUUUUUGACUUAUCGUUACCUAAGGUUCGACAACGAUCAACGGCGACUCGGCCCGGUUAAACGCCUCUUCCAUCCGCUAUCCGUCGAAUCGACUCUUGAACAAUCCGUAUUGUUCUAAUAGCAGACCGACGGCGAAAUCAUCUCGAAGCAAAACCUAUAGUAGCAAAGGCACUCAAUAUAUAAACGCAUAACAUGUCUGGUGACGGAACCUCAACCCCCGGGGUUGGUGGCAGCAAUGCCAGCGAGUUUGUUCGCAAGCUUUAUCGGAUGCUCGAAGAUCCAGCGCAUCAAGAUGUUGCACGAUGGGGAAAAGAUGGCGAUACGUUCGUUGUUGUUGAGAAUGAAAAAUUUACACGUUCAAUCCUGCCUAAGCACUUCAAACACAGCAACAUGGCCAGUUUUGUCCGACAAUUGAACAAGUACGAUUUUCAUAAAGUGCGACAAACAAAUGACAGUGGAUCUGCGGCCAAUGGCGCCAAUACACUUGAGUUCAAGCAUCCCAAUUUCAGGGUGGGCAGCAAGGAUGAUCUCGAUAAUAUUCGUCGAAAGGCCCCAGCACCCAGGAGGACACAAGCCACAGAGGACUUCACAACCAGUCAUCACAUCAGCGUCAUGACUGAACAACUGACAGCUACCCAGCAGCAAGUGCAACAACUCCAGGAGCUUUUCACCGAAGUGUCUCAAACCAAUCGACUUCUUGUGAACGAGGUUCUGACUCUGCAAAAAAUGCUCAAUGCGCAAAAGCAAUCACAGCACGAAAUGCUUAAUUUCCUCUCACCUUCAGGCAACCGCCAUCAACAGGGCAUGCACCUCAACGUCGGAACAUCUCCUCUGGAUGGCAGUGACGAUUCGGCACCAGAACUGCGACGGGCUCGUGAGCUUCUGUCUAGCGUGACGCCUGAUCAAAUUGCCGACCGAGAGCUGGAACGUCUUCAGGGCGUAUAUGGAUCUCCGGCAGACUCCGCAGUUGUCAUCCCACAAGCUUCAAUGCCUAUGAUGCAUGAUCCAAUGAACGACAUCAACCGCUACCCCGUGUACCCGGUGGGUCAAACCGUCGGCAUCGAUCCUUUCCACUCGGAUCACAUCCACAAGAUCCCUUAUGCGAUGCCGAAUGAGUCCAGCGCCAACGCCAUGCAGGAGGUUCCUGCUCCCCAGCCCAUCAACAUCCAAACACACGCAAACUCUAACUCGUCGACCAACUCAGCCCUCACUUGGGCGUCACGAAAACCCAGGAUUUUCCUUGUUGAAGAUGAUCCGACUUGUGCCAAGAUUGGCAUCAAGUUUCUCAAGUCGAUGGGCUGUGAAGUCGAGCAUGCUCAAAACGGAGCAGACGCAUAUAGCCGUAUCACUAGUGUUGCCCGUGAUCAUUUCGACAUGAUCUUCAUGGACAUCAUAAUGCCCAAGCUGGAUGGUGUCUCGACAACUAUGUAUAUCCGGCAAGACUGCCCUGCCAUUCCCAUUGUUGCUAUGACGUCGAAUAUCCGAUCCGACGAGGUCCACUGCUAUUUUGAACACGGUAAGCGCUAGUCGUAGCAGGAGUCGUGAACGAACAUGGGAACUAAUCUUGCAUGACUAGGUAUGAACGGAGUUCUGGCUAAGCCAUUCACCAAGAGCGGAAUGCAGAAGAUCGUCGAAAAUCACUUGAGCUAUCUCCUCAAAGGUUAUGACCCUUCGACUCAACAAGAGUCAGGCUCAGGUUAUGUAGUUGGUGGCGCAGGUUACAUGAACCCGCCGAGCAACCUGAACACUCCCGGCGGAACAACUUUCAAGUUCGAGACGACGCCCACGCCGCCGGCGACUGGCGCCACUUGGUCCCCGGGACAGAUGCCGCAGCAGUCUCCCAUGACCGCAGGGAUGGACCAGGGCUAUGGCAUGGUAAAUGGCGCAAACCAGUACGGCCUGACGCCCACCAGCGCGAGCCGAGCUAGUUUCCCAACAAGCAUCUCACAAACCAGCCAAGGGCGAAUGGAUGGCCAAAGCCCGCCAGAAAAGCGCCAGCGCACCUACGUUUGAGCCACCGAUAUAGUGAUAUGUGCCCGAUGUACGCGUGACGCUACAUCAUGAGGAGUAUGGCGUUCGGAGCGAGACAGUAUGGGUAUUCUAACACUGAUGGCUUCUUGGUGUUGGCCGUCAUGGAAGAAGGAUUUUCUUGUCGUAUAUUUCGCAUUUAUGAUCGGGGAGACGCAUUGAGCCCGGAUCCCUUGACGAACAAAGACAUCUAGCAGAGAUACAGAAGGCAGAUAGUUGUCCCUGGCAUUGGCAGAAACGGCGCGUUCGUGGAUUUGUUUCCGGUGUGUUUGGAACGUCUGAUGAAUAAGUUUUGAUACCUGCGAUAAUAUCAUUGUCAUUUGGGUGCCAGCCCUGGCCCAGCAUGCAACCUUUUCGUUUUCCUCGUGGUCCCAAGGUGCCGAGUUACUGAAAUCCAUUUCAUGGGCAUGCGGGCAUUGUCCAGUGAAGCUUCGCACACCACCUGACCUCUCGAUUCAGGCUGUAUUCAUAUUUUCGACUCUUGCUUCUGCUAGCGUGUUGAGUUUGAUGUUCGAAUAGUUAGUUUAAUCGGUAGUAUAUGGGUAGUAUCGUGGAUGGAGAGUAACAUUGUGAUGUAAAAAGUCAAGUUACCCGCGGAGUAGAUAGAUGGAUGGAGAAGCACGGAAAUGUCGGAAACGACUGACCAAAAUGUUUCACGCAGCAGAGAACAGAUGUCAGAUAUAAAUACCCAGCCCAGCACGUCCUCAUUACAAUAAGUUAACGUUUGCAAGGUUGUGUAGGUGUGGCACAGGGAGGUGCAGAUCGAUUGAGUUCUGGACCGUUUCGAAUGGUGGGGUUGGAGCAAGUUUGGGCACACGAAUUCCCUCGAGAGGCUGUAUUGAGAAGGGGUUUUUGUCUGUAGUGCCAUAAUGUAGCAUCCGUCAGCCGUUCCACCGCAGAAUUGGGUGCCAUCUAGGGUCUACCGUUGAGCUCUGGCUUGGCCUGGACCGUUGGGUUGUGGACUGAAAUGCGGUAUGAAGUCGAUGCUUGUGUUGUACGAGAGUGGAUGUAUCUGAAUCUUGUGCAAUCAUGGUAGGACACCUACUUAUUCUUGAGGGUUGGUGACCUAAACGAUGACGCAUUGCGAGCAAAUUAGCUACGCGUCAGGAAGUAAAUAUUCCUCUUGUCUU